GCAGGCGCGAUGGAGGCGACAGAGACGGACCCCAGCAAGUUCAUGCCAAACAGCACGUCAAGCAGCAGCGAGCCUCAAGCGCUUACGCUUCAUUGGACGUUAGGUAUCAACAAGGACGUCGUUGGCGGUGUGCACAACCUUUCAGAUGCUGAAUCUUCUGACAUGUUCUAUGCCGCUGCUCACACGGGCGUCAUCUUCGACUACAACACCGGGGUGGGCCAUUCUUCCUUGCACCUAGUGUUUGCCGAUGCGUGGUUGGUUGUUUGGCAGGUCCAGCGGCUGCUGCAGGGCCACGUGAAUCCAAUCUCGGCCACAGCUGUCUCGAAGGUAAAUGCCUGGACACCAGGAGGUACCAAUUGUUUGCUGUGA